CACAGCUGAGACAGAGGCAGAGGCAGACGGAGCGAGGGAGAGAAAGGGAGACACAGACAGUGGGAGCCGUGUGAAGCAGGUCGAUUUUAUAAACCCGGGACCCAAAGCCCCCUGCUCAUCAAACAGACUGCCCGCCGUCCCUCAAAAUGACCAACUUUGCUGGCAUUUGGAAAAUGAAGAGCAGUGAGAAUUUUGAUGAACUUCUUAAGGCUCUUGGUGUGAAUGCCAUGUUGAGGAAAGUGGCUGUGGCUGCUGCAUCCAAGCCACAUGUCGAGAUCCGGCAAAACGGUGAACAGUUUUACAUUAAAACAUCGACCACUGUGCGGACCACAGAAAUCAACUUCCACAUAGGUGAAGAAUUUGAAGAAGAGACAGUGGAUGGCAGGAAGUGUAAGAGCCUGGCCACAUGGGAAAAGGAAAAUAAGAUGUAUUGCAAACAAACUCUGAUUGAUGGAAAUGGCCCCAAAACAUUCUGGACAAGGGAAUUGAAAAAUGAUGAAUUGAUCUUGACCUUCGGCGCUGAUGAUGUGAUCUGCACUCGGAUUUAUGUACGAGAAUGAAGACGGCAUUUUGUUUUCUUUUCAUAGAAGUCAUUCUUGUGAUGGUGAGAAACAAAAAUCCACAGAGCUAAUCCAGGCUUCGUUUAUUGUCAUUUAAUCAAUCGGUUGUUUAAAUGUAAAAUUAUGGUGCCAAUUAUUGAACAAACCUAAAAUAACUUGCACCUUUUA